UAACAACCAUCCGUCAACAUCACAAAUGAUUGUUGAUUUUUCCCCUCUCAAAUCUUGGCAAGUUACGGUACGGUACAGUAUGUACGUACUUGUACUUACCCGCCAGUAGUGUCAACGAAACGAAGGACGGAGUACUGAGUUCGAACGUACGUACUCUUACUACUCGUACUCACUCGUACCGUCGACAUUAGCAAGAAUGAAGGGAAAGUGCCACGAACAAAAAUCAACAUUCAUUACCGCUAUCGAACGUACGUAGAGUACAGUACCGUGCUACACGUUCAAUGCUGGAAGACAAUGAGACGACUUCUGAGAUCCUAUUCGUACAGCAAGUAAUUCGAAGAAGGGCCCUCAGAGUGCGGGUACGGGUACGAUCCAAACCGCACGGUACCCCUUUUCCAAUUAUUCUCCAAGCAUGACGACAGCAGCCACCGAGGACGAAGGGAACGAAAUCGAUUGGGGCUCUGAGGCAGCCGCUUCUGUUUCUGUUUCUGCUUCGUCUGUGAAUGUGAAUGCGGAUGUGAAUGUGAAUGCGGAUGCGGAGGCAGAUGCGGAGGCAGAUGUGGACGCCGAAACCCCGCGAACCACAGAGGGGAACGGAGACGUCGAGGUGGUGGAAGAAGAACCCCGGGAGCGAUCCCCUUCGCCCUUUUUCCAGUUUUUGUCCGACGUGGUUCCGAAGCGGUACCUGCAAGACGACCGCCUGGAAUCGAUCCGGUUCUAUUCGAGGGCCGCCGGGGGCCUCCUCGGGGCGGUCUUUGUAUGCAAUCCCCUUCUGGUGCUCCGGACGAUAUGGGAGAUCCUGGGGAGGAUCCUCGGGACGGCGGUGGGCAUCGGACUGGGAGCCGGUCUGGCCCUGCACGUCUUUCAGCAGCUGCAAAAAUGGCAGACCGAGUACGACCGGCAGAAACAGCAAGAGUCCAAGCGAGUGGCCCUUUCCAACCGCCAGAAAACCCUCGAGGAACAGAUCGCGGCCUCUCGCCGCCGCCACAUGCGCCAAAAGGCAAUGGGUUUCGGGGGAGCGUCCUCGCUGCCAACCCAGAACGCGUCGAUCUCCGGAGACGCUUCCCACAACAACCCUUCCGAUCAAAGCACCGAUUCCGACCACAGAAAGAACAGCCACGGCAGCAACAACCACAACCACAACCACAAUACGCACUCCUUCUUUGCUUCGGCAACUGCCAUUGGAGACGCGGUGGCCGUCGGCGCCGAGGACGGGGAUUCCUACGUUGGCUUGAUGGGACAGGCGGGGUAUCCCUUCCACGAUCGGAUCAUGAGGGGACAGGUCCUGAGGGAGGACCACGUUUUUUUCAGCAAGCUUUACAAGUUCACAGACGACACGAUUCCCCGGCAGCUGGGAGUCCUGUGGGUGGCGGAGGAAUGGCCGUCGCUUCCCGGGGCGGUGACCAGGGAACUCGGUCGGUUCAUCGAGCACGUCAUGAGGGACUUUGUGAGCAGCUGGUAUUCCCUCCUGGAUCCCGGGAUCUCCUUUCGGUUGGAGCAGGAGAAGCGAGACGAGGGGAUUCCCCGCGACGCCCAGAAACCCAGCGAUGGUGCAAGGGGGACGGACGACAGCGUCAACAGCAACGGCGCGCCGGGAGCACCGGCCGAUCGACCGGCAAGCGGUGGCAGCGACAAAGACGGUGACAAGGAAUCCGGGGGAGACAAGGCCUCGUCCCAACAGCGCAAGAAGAUGGUCUUUUCCACCCUGACCCACCGGAGGGCCCCGAUGAUCGAUUGCUGUUACAAAAUGAUGUCGUCGGUCGUGGGGAAUCUGGCCACCCGUGCCGAGCACGUUAAUCUGCUCGAACUGGUCUUGCUCAAGUGGACCCAGGUCCUGGGACAAACCCUAAAUGAAUACCGGACCCUGCGCAAGGUGGCCCAGGACAAGCGGCGCGCCUCGGGCGCAAACUCUGGCCAAACACGAAGCAGCGGUAGCGGUAAUGGCAAGCAUCCGUCGUCGGCGUUCCAGUCGUCGGUGUCUUCGACCGCCUCGACCAAGUCCACCAAGUCAAAACCAACAACGGAACAACCGCCACCGUCCGAAGUAGAAGUGACGAGAGAAUUCCUCUUGGCGGGAAAGCUGCACCGCGCCAUUACGUUCGGAUUGGACGUCCCCUCGUUGCUGUUUGCCGAUGCCUCGGGCAAGGAAUGCGGGCUCGGAAUCGAAGCGAACGAAGGCAACAGCGAUACUAGGACCAGCAACAACAGCAAUGCUGCCACCAACACCCACCACGAUCCGAGAACGGUGCUGGAGCACCGCCUCUAUCACACCGACAUCCUGAGAGAGUGCCAGAUCGAUUACCAUCGGGUCCUGGCCAACCGGUUGAUUCGGGCCUUGAUGCCAAAGUCCGAAACGAAUUCGCAGUGUGUCGUGGCCAUGCUGACGGAGAUCAUCGGCGGGGCCGUCUUGACUCCCGUGUACAAUCUAUGGGUGCCCAACUUUAUGAACGACUGCAUCGUCAAGGUCUUGACAACCGCAACGGCACCGGCGGCACCAAGCGAUGUUCGGUCGGCAAAUCAUCAAAACAGCAGCAGUAAAACAACGCGAGCGGCGGCAGCGAAGACACCGGGAGAUUCCGGGAACAGCACCAACAACGACAAAGCUCUCGCGAAUGCCACCUAUCGCCUCGAGGAUUCGAUCCAUCUCGGAGACGCUCAGCAAAAUUCCUUCUCACACGCAGCCGAAGCAUCAGACAGCGAUGCAAUGGAAAAUGCAGCGCGAACGGACCAGCCGACCCAACAACAAGGAAAACCGGCCACCGACAGUCAUCUCGAACAACAGAUACCACAUACAUCUACCAACUCGGUCGCUUCCAGGGACAGCGAACGGCCACUAUCGAAAAAUUCCAACAGCGGCACAAAAGAGAAAGCCAGCGAAUACACCGACGACACAGGGAGAUUGACGAGGAGCUACAAACUCUUGAAACUGUCCUCUAUAGCGCUAAAGGACCUGGCAAAGCACACGAGCUUGAACCCAAGCCAAAACCAAGACGAAAGCAGCGAAGCUAGGGAAUCGGUGGAUUGGAACGAUGCAAACUGCCAGCAUUCCGCUUUGAAAUCGGCCAUGGUGAUCGAGGCGAUACUUUUGGACGGAAGAUGUGCCUUUAACGAAAAAGAGGAGAAAGAAGUAUUUCCAGAUUUGCUGGCAGGAGCAGAAAACGAUCCUACCGUGACCGAAACCGAACCCGGGGGCGAUCCAAACUCGCUGGCACUAGACACCAGCACUCCGGGCAAUAACGGCACGUUUGGGUCGGCGGAUUGCACCUCCGCAACCGAGCACCGAGACAACAGAUCUUUCGCCGAUCUUUUGAUGGAAAUGUCGUCGGAUAUGGAGGCAUUCGAGGACAAGCUUCGCAACACACCAGCUCCUGCGUCACACGCCUUGUCGGUCCCUCGACAUGGCCGGAGCAGUCCUGAUUUUGAACCAGACGUCGACGAGGUGGCAAAACUCAGAUCUCUCAUAUGUGCCUGGCUCCAUACGGGACAGUUGUUCGAAGCGGUGCGGCUGAUUUCAAAGGCGGUGGACACCAUCUUUGCACCGUACUAUGCCGGUGAUGCCUUUCUGCUAAAGCAAGACCAGAGAGAGAUUUUCACUCGGCAAAUGCAGCCUCUUGACAAAGUGGAAAUCAUGGUCGAUGCGAUGACAGUCCGCAUAUUCCCUCGAUUGGUCGUGUCGGAGGAAUUCGAUCAGCUGGUCUCUGAUCUGACAGAAGCUGCACCACAGAAGCAAGCAUCGAAACCAACCACGGCGAAAGCAUCUUCCAAUAGUGGUGUAGUACAACUUGCCGCCGUGAAAGAUACUCACAUUGCUACCAAUGAUAGUUACCACUACUAUGGACAUCAAUUCACACCUCGGUACCUCAACUUUCAACGCAACGAGGCAUUUGCUGCGAGCCUGAGGGCGGAACGCAAACGUCGCUGGAGAGCCUGGGAAACUCGAACCAUGGAAAAAGACGUUCAAACCGUCAUGCGAAACAAGGCGUCGGCUCGGGAUUACGAGCUACACUCCGAAAUGCACAAUUUGUCCCGACUAUUUUACAACGGAACGGCUAUCAUGACCGUAAGGGACGCUGCCAGAAAGAACGAAAGAGUCGAGGAAAAAGUGUCGCUCUUGACGGUAGAAAUAGCGUCGAGCAGGCGACGCAUCGAGGUUCCGGACGACGACUCGUCCUUUUUGCUUAGGGCACAAUCUCGACAGCUGAGUCCAGUGAGCGUUCACCUAGACGAUAGAAACCACGAUAUGGGUUACAAGUGCUUUCUUGCUACAUACGAAGAGCCAGCAUUGACCCAGGGAUCAACUCGCUAUAGCGAUGGUCGAUACAUUAGGCGAUGCUUUCUACAGUACUACCCGAGUGAUAGAACUGCUCGCAUCGUCUUGCAAAACGAUGCGAGAAAAUUGGACAAAAGAAAAGAAAUCGGAGGAAACGAACACUCGACCGAGAACCAAAUCAGUUCUUCCUUUUCUCGAGCCUUUUUGAAUCAGAGAUAUCUAUGCCAGAAAGUUGGGGUGGCGCAGAGCUUCAUGUCUAGUACGUUGAUGGAACCUACAGACUUUAGUGCUUUUCCCCGUUCAGGAAAAGCUCUUGAUUUUGUCUAUCGCAUGUCUCUUUUUAAUCGUCCAAUUGUGGAUUUAGGAGGAAAGCAGUUCAAAAUUCAAGACUCGUCGAGUCGUGGUAUUCAUCGGGCCGACGCAAGCAGUUUCGAAGUGACUGACGCAUCACUGAGUUACGUCCUUCUUAAGAUUGGGAAGAGCCUUGGAAUCAACCAGCAAGAAGAGCUAGGAGAUGGGAAGCCAACCGGUGGUUUUCGGAACGUUGAGACUGGCCCUGAUGGCUACCCUGUUUUGUUUCUUAGGUUCACCAAAACGGGCGAGAAAGGCGGUACGGAAUUCAAGCCAUAUAGGCUCUCUUUCGUUCGCGCCGCACUCAUGGUGACUUCUGCAAGGCAAGAAGCGCAACUUGGAACGCUCAUUGAAUGUGUCAGAGCUGGAUCAGCGAAAAGUGCAACUAAAGCCCGAACUGAAGAGCAAUUGAGGCCKGUGAAGAAGAUUCUUCAUUUUGCAAACGAGAGAUCAGACCAAAAUUUCAAUCAAGAUUUGAAAUUGGGUCAGUUUUUAGAUCGAGGUCAGCUUCAAAGAAAUGGUCUAUUGAAUUUGCGCCAUCCGACGUCAAUAUUGCAGCUUGAAGCAAAAGUAGAAGGAACAGCUCUUGCAAAAGAGGUUCCUCUCGCUUCGGCUUCGACCAAAUCGUACAAUCCGGAUACCGUCCUUUACAGAAUCAGGUGCACUGUUGUUGUCGAGCUUGUUGAAAAUAAUGGAACGUUGACGGACUUUGAACCAUACGCCUUGGAUGACGGAUCUUAUGCUAGAUUUUAUCGGGAGGAAUAUAUUGUUCACCGCUCAAUGACAGAAUUUCAAACUCUACAUAAACAAUUGAAAAGUCAGGUAGCGUUAACAGAAUCUACAAUGUCUACAGGAAACAGAAUCGUCGGAGCAGCAUCAGCUGCUUUACACGUAGGCAGUCAGAGCACAAGUAUUAAUCGACGAAACAAAAAAAUCCUCAUACCAUCUCUGGCGCAAGCUGGUAAGAUUGGUGCGUUGGGAAUGACCAAGAAGCUUAUUCUAAAAAGAAUGGAACUCCUCGGCGAAUAUAUUGACUACCUUCUUGCAUCGAAUUCACUUAUGAACAGGUGCUCUGAAUUAUUACUCUUCUUGGGGGCUUCCCAUCCUUUUCCACCGGAAGUGACUAUGACUAAAGCACAAACCAAUAUAAUGGAUUUGCUCGGGCGAACGAAUUUUGUCCGUAGCAUUGCGCUGAAGGAUAUUGCAGGAUCGAAGCUCAUGAUGAAGAUUUCGACCCACGGAAGGCCAAGAUAUCGCAGUGCAUCUGAAAGAUCAUUAAUUGAGAAACCAAACGAAAACGGGAGAGAACCCGCCGAAAGUAUCAAAAUGGAUCCCAUCAUCCUUAACAAGGUUGAUCAGAUUCCAUUGGCUGAAGUCAGAAACCGAAUUCUUGAAUUAUUUCGGCUAUCUUUUAAUUUUGAACAUGCAUCAUUCAUGAGGAGCCAACUGCUCACGGCGUUGGAGACGGCCUCGUUUCUAGCUGUGGCAAAGCAAAGCGACUUCCGUCGAGUCUUGCAUGACAUCCACACGAAGCAUUUGAGUGGUGAAGCCAUAGGAGGAUUGAUCGAAAGAGUUCUUGAUAUCCUUUGGCCCGAUGGCAUCUUUAUGAAGCCAGCACCGCUUCCUACACCCGAGGAAGAAAUUGCCUUGAGGGAUGCAGCGAAGAAAAAGCUACACGAAGGAUUCCCUGAUCAAGUUCGCACACUACUUGGGAAAGAAAUGACAGAAGAAGGACUAAACGUGAUACACGAGAUGCUACAAAACAGGGUCAUCUUGAAGAGCCUAUUCUAUAUGUUGUUGGAUCUACUUUGGAUUGAGGUAUUUCCUGAAUUGAGGGAUGCACUGCCAUGUGCUUCGGCACUCGACCUCGAUCUACUUUGAAAAUAGAGAAGUGUUCUUUUCAUACAUUUCCUAAUGCCUCUUUCUUGCUAGCUUCUGCACCUUUUUCGUGCUUUUUGUUUUGGUGACCCGUGUUCACUGUACUCGGAACUAUUCGCUGCUUUUUCAGCACGCCAGCCUCAACAUCUGUAGAUAAAGAUGACUGUGAGCUCGUUGUAUCCUUUUUCGCCAUGUCACAGAGGGGCUCCAAUUGUAUCACAUAGUGGCUUAUUACUUGUCGCUUUCGAUUAUGAAUAAUGUCGUUCAUUGCAUGAUGAUGCUUUCGCCUCUUUGCUUUUUGUUGAUGACCAUCGUGAUCCUUUUCGUUUCUUUUGGCCUUGUUAUGGUGGUGUUCUCCCUUCUUUUCUUUUGUUGCCAUUGCCGGAUUACUGUACACUUCGGGCGACGAAACAACUGGACUGACCGACAUUUUGCAUUCAACAAAAUUAUAUUGAUCUACAAAGCUGCUUGUAAUGCUACUACUUCCGUUACUUGCAUCUUCCUGGUUUCUCUUCACAGGAACCAUUGAUUUGAAUGUCUUCACUUUGCGUCCGAGUAUCGUAUGUGCCUUGCAACGAAUGUUGAUUUCAUUCACUUUGUUGUGACCACUUGCCACUAUCAGAUUUUCAAGGCUCUCAAAAGACUUGUCAUCCCGCGAGGCAGCAGCUCGAGCACGACCCGCGGCUUCCGCAGCAGCAUGAUUCAUCGAAUCAGUUGCCGGUUUAUUUAGAUCAUGGAUUCUAUCAUUGGACGAUGGGUCAUCACUCAUCUUACUCUUUGGUGAUGGAUCAUUUUUCUGGCAAUCAAGUUGCGAGAGUUGCUGGCGAGGGCGAAAUAAAAGAGAUGCAAGAGGACUUCCGACUGCAUCGUGAGAAUCAAUGCCAGAAAGCCGGCAAAAUGCUGCAUUAGUAUGAAUGACUGUGAGAGAGGGACAUGCCUGUACCAGUAGUUUUGCUGUCUUUGUGAAGGAAAUAGCAGUAUCUAUCGUCACAGGCUUGCCUGGUCGGAGUAUUCCUUGUUCAACGCUUGAUUCUGACGAACCCAUAUCUAGUUCUAUUUGGUCUUCGUAUACGCGUCGCAUAUUCAUUCUCUUUCUCUUUUUAUCCUGUAAUUUCUUUUCCCUGGCAGCAUUCUGGUGUUGACUGCGCUUAAGACUCGGCUCUGAGUGGUUUGGGGAGAAACGAUUGGUGUUUGUUUUAUCCUCAUGAAGAAUUUGUUUGUCUUUGAUAAUUAUCGGGGAGUUCUGGUCACUGUUGUCAUUGCUGUUUUCAGUACUAUUCGAUUCCCCGUUAAUUUCUUCACUGCUCCCCUUAUUAUUACCACUAC